AUUGGCGAUUGGGCAACCACGCGACUUCCAGGGCUAUUUCUUUGUGUUAUUUUACAAAGAGCAAGAUCUGCCUUGAAAUUAUUGAUUGUAUGCCUUUGGCUGUCGGCUGUAUAAAAAAUCUUCUGAUCACUUGCUAAUUACCUAAUUUACGUCCCGUUUGGAGCAAAACUCCAACGUGCUGCCCACUCACGAGGUCCCACCCAAUCCGGAAUGGCGACAUGAUACCCAUUGUACAGGACCAAAGGACUAUGGAUCGUCCAAAGCAGAUCUAAACCGACUGGCAGAUCAUGCGGGAGUAAUGGAAGCCCAUGAGGACAUUGAGGCACCACCUGAUGCUUCUCAGGCCAGCUCUCACUUCCCUCUCGAUCCCUUUAGUGGACACGUGCUCUUCCGCCGCGAAGCAGCCAGGCGUGAUCUGCUGCGGGAGCGGGGAAACUGUCUUUCGGGAUGCAGGGAGCUCGACGUUGAAGCUUUAUCUAGCGGGUUCGAGAGAGGCUGCGUGGUGGGCGUGAGCUCCGAGCAGGAAGAUUUUGGCUUGUUGCUUGGACUACAAGUUAUUGCCCGCCUACUCGUCGGUGACGCGUUGCAGGGCAGCCUGGGUAAGGAUAGGCCCCGGGUUGUUGUCAUCACCACCCUCGCCAUGAGCACCCUGCUCCCUACGCUAAGGGCGGUUCUCUUUGAUCAGGCUGGAUUGCAGUGCCAGGACGAGGACAAGGCGCGAGCCGUGGCAGCUGGGUGCCUGGAGCAAAUCGCCAUCUCCAGGGUGUUUGACAUGGACGGGGUCUGGGAGGUCCUGCACGAAGAUUUGGCGGCGCGAGAUGUCCCUCCUUCGCCCGAGGCAGCGCAUGACAACUCUCAUCCAAUGGACUGUGGGACUCUUCAAGAACCCAUCAAAGAUGUUAUGAACGAGGCAGAGCCCCAUGAAGCUCCUACGCUGCCGUCCCCAAAGCCACCAAGGCAAGUAACAGAGAUUAUGGACAGCGAUGACGAUGCUCUUCCAGUGUCUGACGAAUCGUCGGAGUUAUCGUCACCACCGUCGUCGCCAGUUCCGCCAUCCACAUAUUCAUCUCGCGCAGAGGAGGCCGCGGCUCGUCAUCAAUUGCAACAACCUGAUACCACGCAGGAGGUCGAUCAGGACGUGGCAGAGGAGCAGCCCGUCGAGCAGCCCGAGGAGUCUCGCACAACAGAACAGGCACCGCAAAGACCUAUAUCUGCUACGGCGGAUGUGGUCCUCAUCACGCACAUGUCAUCUCUACUGGGAUCGCUAUUCCGAACACGUGAUAAACCCUCGGCACAUUCACAACUGGCACUGCUGUCCUCGCACUUGCGGCAUAUAUCCCGGUCUCUAGAGUACGGAUGUCCACUAAUAAUGAUUCUCAAUGCGACAAACUCCCCAGAUUGGGAACCGGAACAAAAUCAACGGAGGGCCGAUGGUAAUUUCUCGCCCGAGAUACCUGGCGUUGGUGGCGGUGGCGGCGGCGGCAGCGGUGAGAACCGAAACAGACCGCUAGAUCCAACUUUGAGAUCCAUAUUCAAUAUGUCGUACAAUCCAAACUCAAACUACCCCGGAGCCGCCGAGGCAAGCGCGACGGCCGCCCGCCGCAACAAACCCGUUUACGGCCUGCUAUUUACCCAGCUGCUCGACCUGCACCUCCUGGCAACUCUGCUCCCCAGGGCACGCGAGGAUGCCGAGGCGCUGUUCUCUGGCGGCGACACCGGUGCGGUGCGGUAUUCGUGGGUUAUUGAGGUGCUGCUAGACGAGCUGGGAGUCUGGGCCGGAAGUCGCGGAGGUGCUGCUUUGGGGCCGAGGGAGUGCCGUGAGCAGCGCUGGGCGGCGGUUGAGGUCAGGGGUCCCAGGAUCGUGGAUUUAGUUGCAAGGACCGACGAGGGUUCAAGGGAACUGCGCCUCGCUCGAGGGUUUGGAGGAAUGCAUGUUUAAACAUGAUUUGUUUUGUUUACUCUCUGCACAGGCUAUUCGUCGUCUCGCCUUCAUGGCACAUGACGUCUAUUUGCCUCAUUUUUGCCAUCGCUGUUUGUACAUGAUAUCCUCGCGUCGAAACUUGAGCCGAAGACUUUUAACUGCCUGUUUCCGAGCCCAAAAAUAUCUAGAGCUAAGUACAAUCCCCCGCCUCAGCCCAUAAGGUCCCAAGAUAAAACUUUUUUGCGGACUGGAGGGGUGCAAGGGGUGCUGCCGAACCUACCGAGGUUGAGCGGAACAAAGACACAAAAAACUAACACUGGGGUGCAGGUUCAUGAUCCCAUGUAAUCCAUGUGUGCCACUUUGUAACCAAGCUGCAGCAUUUUGUGGACUACACAUGCAAAAAAGAAACGGAAGAAGUAAAACAAAGACAAUCCCGAGUGUUUUCUACGCCCGGGACCCUGGGAGGGACUACAAGAAUAGAUUUAGUUGCUCGAUUGGGCAAGUGGUCGAUUCGACUGGGGCCCAAGAAACCGAGCCAAACUAAAUGUUGAGACACGGGAGCGAGCGUCCGAGGCCCCAGAGCGAGCAGGGAAAUGCCAUGCAUGUUGGUUUAUUUCUUUUCUUCUUUUAUCUUGUCUUGUUUUUUUUCUCCGUAUCUUCGCAUGACUUUGGGCCCUUAGUUGUCGCCGAUUGGACCAACGAGACUGGUUACGGAGUGGAACAUCUAAAGCUAGUUCUGGCCCGAGUACUUACGGGAUAGCCCUGCAAAAGACUACCGGUACAAUUUAUUUGCUCUGCAGUAGAUAAAACCUCCCGAAUUCGUAAAACCACUGCAACUGCUCUCCAAAAUAUGAUUCAGAC